GAAAUAAUAUUUGGAUUUGGGUUUCAUUAAUAUUGGGGAGGUACUUUAAUUUUUUGUUCAAUAUUGUGAAUUGUAAUUAUUAAUAUGAAAUUCUUAUAUAUAUUAAUAGGAAUUGAGCGGUAAAUUAUCCAAAUUUGAGAUCUGUUGAUCAUUAAAAAUGAAAGAAAUAGUAUCGGCUGACUUCUAAAAUAGGAUCGAUUAAAAUACUUGCAAAAUGAAGCUACGAAUUUUAAUUUUAUUAUUUAUCUCUAUAAAUCAUGGAGUGUAUUCAACGCACAUUAAAGGAGAUUUUUCUACUGAUGAAUUCUUCAAGUUUCUAGUGAAGUUUGGAUUUCAGAAGACCGAGAUACAUAAUCAGAAGGAAACAUAUGGUUAUAUAUUUGGAAACAUAACAUCUAGGAAUCAUUUUAAGUAUCCUAUUACAUUUGCAGUUUUAGAUAGAAAGCAUUUCAUUCAUUAUUAUAAUAAUCGUGAUAUUUUUGACAAGGAGACAGCAUGUCAAACUAUGUUUCAAAAUUUAAAUGCAUCAGCUUAUCAUCCAAAGUGCAAUGCCUAUGGGCAGGACUUGUUUAGAAGGAUACCCUGUCCAAAAAAUCAGCUCUGUGUUGAUGAGGACAUGCCAUGGAAUGUAAUAAAACAUAACCAAUUCACAUAUGUUAUUCAAAAUAGUGGACAACCAAGGUUUUGGUAUGUCUCAAUGGUAUCAUGUUACCUGGACGAAGAGAGUUGUUCAUGGCAUCACUAUUCAGGGGCACCAACAGCAGACAAUAAAACACUAACAGAGAUACCACAAUUAAUACAAUACGACUUUUGGCUUGUUAAUGGAAGUCCAAAUCUGUCUUUGUAUAACUCUAUGUUAUACCAAUUUUCUUUUGAUAGGAAGAACACUUUAGAAUUGUACCUACUUUUCUGGUUGUGCUAUAUUAUAUUGGUGCCAGUGCAGAUAUAUGCUGUCAGAAUUCAGAGGCACCCAGUAACAAAGCUGUUCACAUCAAGCUUGAUGUUAGAGUUUAUUGCCCUUUGCUUCAAUGUGCUUCAUACCAUGAAGUUUGCUGCUGAUGGUGUGGGAUUCCCUGGCUUGGCGGUUGCUGGUGAUAUAUUUGAUAUUAUGAGCAGGACACUCUUUAUGCUCCUAUUACUUCUAUUGGCAAAAGGCUGGGCGGUGACGAGACUUGAACUAACACAUAAACCAUUAGUUUUUGGAGUUUGGAUGGUGUAUGGAAUUGUUCAUGUUCUUCUCUAUGUCUGGAAUACGACGGAAGUGGAUAUAGUUGAAGAAAUCGAUGAAUACCAAACGUGGCCUGGUUGGCUCGUGCUGACAUUGCGAGUUGCGAUCAUGGUGUGGUUCGUCUUGGAACUACGUAAUACUAUGAUGUAUGAACACAAUAUGCCGAAACUGAAUUUUCUUUUGCAUUUCGGCGCUUCGAGCCUUGUUUGGUUCGUGUAUUUGCCGAUAAUAGCGCUUAUUGCGUUACAAAUUAGCCCUUUGUGGCGGUUCAAGUUUAUAUUAGGUAUAACAUAUUCAGCUGAUUGCCUGGCGUUUUGCGUGAUGGCACACCUUCUAUGGCCGACGCGGUCAGAGCAGUACUUAUUAUUGGCGCCUCCUGAUUAUACGGCGGGCAUCGAAGAAUUGGACGAGUUCAGUGAAUCACCACACGUAGUACAUAGCGAUACGGUAGCAUUGACAGCUGCCGAAAGCAUCAACGCUGAUGAUGAAGAGGUUAUAUUCACGCGCCCGCACAAAAAUGGCGUCGCGUUCUCAUAGCAACGUCCUUAGAUGGUACGUCAAUUACGUCGUCGAGGUAACUGCGGGUUUUAACCGCAGAUUUUUAGUCGAAACAAGUGCAGUCGUCAUUGAAUGGCCGUUAAGAUCGUUCCGAUACCAAUGUGCCAAAAUAAAUUUGUAGCACUAUAAAGGCAUUUGCGGUUUUUCACACGACAAAUUAGAAAAUCCAGUCUUGAGUUAACAUUGCAGUCUUAUUUGGUGUGUUGCAUUUAACUGCAUGGAAAAACCGUAUCUUAAAGUAACGGACAUUGCUAGAAAAUAUUACUUUUUCCACUGAAUUAUGGAAAUUGUUGAAAAAUGUUUGUAUGUAUGUUGUAUUCUAACAAACGGACCAUACUUAAAAAGGUUUCGAAGCUUUCGUACAUUUAAGAAAAUAGUUUUUAGUUAAAACUCUUAUUAGCUUAUAUAAUUUAUAUGUACACAACUGAUAAUUUAUAACUCGCAGGUACUUUAUCUAAAGUAUAUAUAAAACGUGGACUAUACAUAAGGCAGCUUUAUUUAAAUAAAAUAAUUAACGGAUAUAAAUAUUUCAACAAUAAUUAGUAAUCAUCAAGGAACAGUCACAGAAAGGUUCUGGUCUUUUCUUUAUUCGUUUAUUGUAGGAAAAAAUAUACAAGAAACAGUAUGUUUAGUCCACGUUUUAUAAAGGACGUAAAGAGAAACGACGCGUAACUAUUACGAUUGAUUUUGGAUAUAGAACCUGCUUAGUAAUGCAGCUUUAGUUGAUCAAAUCGGUUGAUACUAGUCAAUUUGUUACUGUUAUAGGUGAAAAAAUGUUUCGAGAAAGUCACAGCCUUAGACAAACGUACUUUACAAUCCACAUCGUAGCGUAAAAUACUGAAUUACGUAAUUAAAUUCGGCGUGAGAAAAAUCCUGCCUUUUUACUAUUCCGAAUGUGUUAGGAUAUGAUCACUCACGUGCACAUUUCAAACUAAAUUUGAUGGUUUACGCCCAUCCAUAAAAUGAAAUGUUAUCCUCCGCUGUUUUUAGAUAUCUCUUACACUGUGUAAGUUUUCAUUAAUCCUGAAGCGUAGUAUAAGUAUUACAUGUCUUUAAUGAAACAUGUGCAAUUAUAAUAGUGAUUUUAAUAAAUUUUUAAAUGGGGUUUUCCUCGGAUAUUGAACAAUUGUAGUUUAUUUGAAAGCUUUGCUCGCUUAUAUUUUUAUAAUUUGCUUUAAUUUAUUUUAUACAGUAAUAAUUGUGCCAACGUUUUAGUAAAAUCAUUAACAUCACAUUUUAUUUAAAUAUACUUAUUAGAUGUUUUUUUUAUUGUCUAUGGUACUCUAUGGUUAAUUUUUGACCUGUUUGUGUAGGUUUUGCGAAUAUUAGUAAAUACGAUAAUGGGGACAUUUAUCCCCUUAUUAAGUCAGUAUUUCUGUCACGAGAUAAAAUGAACGAGUACUUCAGUUAAAAUAAAUAAGGCUGAUUGAUAAAUUCGAAGUUUUAAAUGUUACUUGAAUCGAAUUUUUGGAUCUGUCAUACUUUACUCUAUGAAAUUUAGAUUUUAGACAGCGUUCAAAUAUCUCCUUUGUCGGCAAUUCAAAAAUAAACUAAUCAAAUCUUGUAUUGUAACCUUAAUGUUAAAAUUUAACAAUUAAUUUAUUUAUCACUGCCACUUAACAUAUUUUCAUUGUCUUUGUUAUCAGUUCGUGUAAGCAGAUAAGAAUUAUUUCUCUUUAAGGAUUCAUCGAAUACAAUUUCCAUCAAAACCAUCGGAAAAUCGGAUUCAACGGGUUUCAUUGCAAUUGUUACUUACUUUUCUUCGAAAUCUUUUCUCUUACAAAACUAAAAUUUGUUAAAUGAAAUAUUAAAGAUAACGCGGAAUAAUAUAGUACCGCUUUUGUUACGUAUUAUCAAUUUUGUUAUCCAAAACCAAUGCUCUAUAUUAAGUUCACUCUUUACAAUAAGAUCGAUUUUAUCUAUGAAGUUUGGUGUCUUUAUUGUCAUUUGACAUUUUAUCGCUUAACUGUCAAUAGCGAAUAACCGAUUUUGCUAUAUCAUGCAUUUUAUUACAAAUUAUUAAUACUUUAAAUUUGUAAUAUUUUUGCCGGCCCUUCUCAACAGAACACACCUUGUUUGCUACGUUCUAAAAAAUAAAUGUUGAGUGUGUUUUUUAAUAGUUUAUUUCAACAAAUUUUAUUUGACUAUACCCCGGACCGAAACAACUUUGAUAACUGAAAAACACAGAUUCUACAAUACGUUAUACAAUCUAAAUGUCAAAUUGCUCCUAAGAACACACUGUCAGUAUAGCGUUUCAACACUAAAACUUAUUUUAAAUGCAGUUAAAUUAUCUACUAUUCUUCUAUAUAUGUUGUAUUGAAAGUACAAGAGCAUCUCUUUACUCGCCAUUUUUUCCGCUACAAAACAAACGUGAAGAUAUUUGAAUGAUUAAAAUAGUAAAAUUGUAAACGUUAAUUAAUACAGAUACAAAUUUUAGCUACAGAUAUCAUAAAACACUAGCCAUGAGUCAAACCGCAGUACAUGUGAAAAGACUACAUAAUAUUGUAUACUUAUGACUGUAAGCUGUUGAAGUGUCAACAUUCAAUUGUUUUAACUCAAACUCAAAAUAUCUUUAU